CGAAAGGGUUCGGGGGUCUUGGCGCGUGAAUCAUAUCCGGUUGGGUGAUACCACGUGACCAGAAUUCCCGCCUUCGAUGCAAACCACCCAUCAAGACUGUCAUCUCAACCCCAGCCGCUGUCUAUCAAUCUUGGAACUGGAAAACUAUCGCCGUUCAGAGUGCUCGUGACUCUUCCGCCCCGGCCUCCGCCCUCAGGUAUCGCUCGAAUCCAACCAGUCCACGGAGAGUGCCACCUUCACCUCCCACCCCCACCCCACCACCGAAUAUCGCUCGUCGCACGAGGUCUUCUGUGGCCAAAACCAACUCCCCACACUCGCUCAUAUCGAAGGGGUGGUUCUGCUGAAGGACUUCAUGUGGAAGAAGAGAAGAGACCGUGAUCAAUCCUCAACUCCUCUCCUCACCACCACCUCCACCUCUCUCUCCGCCCCGAAUCGCCAACUGCUCGCCUGCCCCUCGGUGUUCCGCCAGGGAAAUAAGCCACGGUCUCGUCUGCCCCGUUAGAUGGCAGAUGGUACCUACAGGUUCCAGCAGCCUGGGGCCGGGCAGUUCUACUUCCAAACACAACCGCAGCAACAGCAUUCACACCAAAGAAACACCAUUCAAAACGGGACCAAUUCGCCGGGUCGACUGAAAUUCAACAACAACGCUCCCUCCCCUUCUCGAUCGCCUCCAGUAAACCAAUCAGCCUCGCUGAAUCCAUUCACCAUGUAUGGCCAAAGUCAUCAAGGACAGCAUGUCAUGAUGAAUGGCGGUCAGACCCAUCAGCGGUUUGCCAUGCAGAUGCCAAAGUUCCAGACUCAAAACCACCCUCAUCACCAUGCUCCGCAACCCACACACCAUCAUGCCCACCAACCUCAUAACCAACAUGGCCUCGCUCAUCAGCAGCAUUUCCCCGCCGGUGCCCUUGCUACCACCACUCCGCAUUUUACCUCAAAUCACCUACAGAAUGGAGCGUCGGGCGCCGGGGAGGAUGAUAUUGAUGAAUCAAUGAAUGAACACUGGCAAGAGCAACUUCAGCUUGCCGCCGAGUCGAGGCAGGCCACUUCUCCUCACCACUAUGCCCGCAUCAUGGCACAACAGUCCAAGGGGAUUCAGAUCAUGCCCAGUCAAACCGAUACACCAGACCAGAAGGCCGAUGGUCGGAAUGGGACUGUCGCAAGCAAGGCAGCUUCCCGACAAGGUUGGAAUGCGCUGGACUUUGGCGGACAGGGCCUUCGGGUCAUGGCGACCUCCUUGUUCAACUACAACUUCCUCGAGAAGUUGUACCUCAAUCACAACAAGCUCAAAGUUCUUCCUCCGGCAAUCGGCCAGCUUCGGAAACUAACCCACCUCGAUCUUUCCGGCAACGAUCUCCACGAGCUUCCUGAGGAGAUCGGCAUGCUCACGAAUCUCAAGAAGCUUUACCUCUUCGAUAACAACAUUCGCACACUCCCCUACGAAUUGGGAUAUCUUUACCGACUGGAAACUUUGGGCAUCGAGGGCUGCCCGCUGAAUGAAGUUCUCAAGUCUCAGAUUAUGAAGGAAGGGACCAAAGCUCUGAUCAAGUACUUGAAGGAAGAGAUGCCGGUUCACCUGCCUCCUCCCGACAGAGAUUGGGUCAUCCUUGAUGAAACUGCAAGCUCCGCCAACAGCCCCACCGAGAAGAUCACCGUCCUUUCCUACAACACUCUGUGCGACUCCUCCGCCACUCAGUCACACUACGGCUACGCCCCCUCUCGUGUUCUCUCCUGGGAGUUCCGUCGCGAACUCAUUCUUAACGAAUUACGAUCCCACAGCUCCGACAUUGUCUGUCUGCAGGAAGUUGAUCAAGGAAGCUACAAUAACUUUUACCGUGAGCAACUUGCCUACAAUGAUUACAAGGGUGUCUAUUGGCCCCGAGGCCGAGCCAUGGGCAUGCAGGAAGAAGACGCCAAAUCCGUUGAUGGUUGCGCGAUCUUCUUUAAGGGCAGCAAGUACAUUCUCCUCGACAAGCAGCUCAUCAACUUUGGUCAAACUGCCGUCCGCCGACCCGAUGCCAAGGGUCAAGACGAUAUCUACAACCGUCUUUGGCAAAAAGACCACAUUGCGGUGGUGGUCUUCCUGGAGAACCGACAGACUGGAGCGCGCUUUAUGGUUGUGAAUGCUCAUCUCUACUGGGACCCGGCAUUCAAGGAUGUCAAGCUCAUUCAAACCGCUAUUCUGAUGGAGGAGAUCACCAAGCUUUCGGACGGCUAUGCCAAGUGGCCCGCGUGCACUGACAAAACGGCAUUCCGCUUCUCAGAGGCCGAAAGUGGUUCUGAGAACGCUCCCGUGGUCGAGCCUGCGCCAUCCAUGGAGUACGCCAGUGGUGACCAGAUCCCGCUCCUCAUGUGUGGUGAUUUCAACUCUAACCCUGGUUCCGCGGCAUAUAAUUUGAUUGCCAACGGACACUUGCCCGAAUCGCACCCUGAUCUGGAGAAGCGUCUGUACGGUAACCUCAGCCGGAUUGGUAUGACCCAUCCCUUCAAGCUGAAGUCUGCCUAUGGCUCUAUCGGAGAACUGAGCUUCACCAACUAUACGCCGGAUUUCAUUGACAUCUUGGACUACGUGUGGUACUCGUCCAACACACUGCACGUCUCGGCACUUUUGGGCGAGGUGGAUAAGGAGUAUCUCCGACGGGUACCCGGGUUCCCCAAUUUCCAUUUUCCUAGUGAUCAUAUCGCAUUGUUCGCGGAGUUUACUGUCAAGGGUAAAAAGGGUAAGGUAGUGGAGGCGGACUUUGGACCGCAACGGCACUGAUGAAUGGAAUCCGGAGCAUUUCGAAUAUUUUGAGAUGGGUGUUUGUGUAGUUGGGUCUGCUUUUUUUCAAUUGACGUUUUCCCUUUUGUGUCUUGUUAUCUCGGAAUCUUCGGGGUGGUGGGUGAUUCAACUAGCCUGCUGUCUGCCUUUGUCUCUGUUAUGUCUUUUCCUCAUAGUUUUUCUUCGUGUGUUCGUGUUCUCUGUCUCUCUGACCUUCCUCUCACCGUGAUUUUGAACGCUUCUCUCCAUUUUCUUCUCUCCGUCUCUCUUGUCCAUCUUGCUUUACCUCCUCCUCCAAUCUUCCCCAUCUCCCUCUAUCUCUCCCCCCCUCUCGCUACUCGGAGCGCGUGUCUUUCUCGGUCGCAGUGGCUCUCGCUUCGGCGGUGUUUUUGGAAUGUAGUCCACGACGUGGCAGUCUCGCGUUUCUCCUCGUUCACCGUCUGCUCGCGGUCCUUCCCCUUUCCCCCGCUUCUCGCCGUUUCUCUAUCUCAUUUUCUGCCUUCCUUCCCCAUGCACUUCUUGUUGGGGGUGUCCUGAUAUAUCUCGGUUUCACAUCUCACCUGAAUCUCGAAACGUCAUUUGAGACGGUCUCACAACAUUCAGGGCGGGUUGGUGUUAUGGUGGACCAGGUGGUCGAAGGGCUUUCGUAUGAGGUUGCUUUAUUGUGCUUUGUGCCUGGCGAUGGGAGUUUUCUUUUUGAGCAAUGUACUUGUUCUGCCAUUUCUUCAGAUUAAUUUAUGAAUAGAGCGUGGCUAUUUCGACC